AUGCAUUUAAUAUUGAUGAUGUUAACAAUUUUAGGAUAGUGUAAACUAAGCACUAAGCCUCAUUAGAAUCAUUUUGAGAAUAUAUUCUAUUAUGAUGAUGAAUAUUACAAUGUAAUAUAAAAUAAAAGAAUUAGAAUCAUUUAUAUGUAUCUAAAGUCUAUUGGAAUGCCAAUUUCAAUAAGCGUUUAAAAGAUGUUGACCCAAGAUAUUUAUAUUACAAAGAUGGAGAUAUCAAAAGAUAUACAAAAUAUGAUAAAAUAGGAUAAGGAGCCUUUUCUUAAGUUUUCCUUGGACUUCGAGAUGAUGGUGAGAUAGUAGUAAUGAAAGAACUAAAACCUAUGAAAUGGUAAGCAAUUAACAGAGAAAUUUAAGUAUUGAAAGCUAUAAAAGGAACAACAAAUACAUUAUAAUUGAUUGAUGCUAUUAGAAAUUAAAAUAAGAAACAGAAUGCCACUUUUAUAUAUUAAUAUUUGAGUAGUGUGAAUUUACUUCAUUUAUUUGGAAAACUAGAAUUACCAAAGAUAAAAUUAUACAUGUACUAAUUGCUAAAAGUAUUUACAAUACUUAAAAGGCUCUUAAUUAAGUACAUAGUAAAGGAGUCAUGCAUAGAGAUGUCAAAAUGGCUAACAUUAUAAUAAAAGAUGAUGAUACACUCUAUCUAAUUGAUUGGGGUUUAGGAGAGUUCUACCAUCCAAAAAAGAGAUAUACUACUAGAGUAGGAACUCGUUAUUACAAAGCUCCUGAAUUAUUAGUGAAUAAUAAAUAAUAUGAUUACAGUGUUGAUAUGUGGGCCUUUGGUUGUACAUUAGCAAGCAUGAUUUUUCAAAAAUAACCUUUAUUCAAAGGCAAAGAUGUUUAUGAUUAGUUAGAUAAAAUUGUUACAGUUUUGGGUACUGAAGAUCUCCUUAAAUAUUUGGAUAAAUAUGAUCUUAUCUAUCCUGAUCCUCCUAUGUAAAGAUUAUAUAUCUAUUUUUAUCAGUCAUUCAUAAAAACCUUUUACAAUUUAUAUAGAUCCAGAGAAUGCUCAUUUAGUUACAAAAGAAGGUUUGGAUCUAAUAAGUAAAUUGUUAGUUUAUGAUCAUAAAUUAAGACUUACAGCAGAAGAGGCUAUGGCACAUUCUUUUUUUGAUGGCUUUAGAAUAUGA